UUUUCGUAUGCGACGAAAUUCCCUGCGGCGAGAUUUCCUACGGCGAAAUUUCCUGCAGCGAAUUUUCCUAGAACCAUUUAAGACAUGCUAUCCUAUGUAGCAAUCUUGCUGUUGAUACUCAAAUUUCAUUUAACCGAGCUUGCAUUUGCCGCAUUUUUUAAAAUAUUGAAUAAGCUUUGUGUUGUGAGUUCUCAAGAUAUUUUGACUCAAGUAGAAAGUGCCGUCAUGGAUGUGCAUUAUCAUGGAGAUACAGACAGUGUGAGAUAUCUCACCACCUCUGCAGAAACAUCUUCAAGUUUACGAUCUUAUGGAUUGUCCAGAAUAUCUUCUCUGUGGUCCCAUACGCGAUCUAUGCCGCGUGACCGAUUGGUGGUAUUUCUGGCACUUGUGUUAUCAUUUUCUGCGUUUCUCUUGAGCAUAGCAUCAUAUGUAGAUCGACCAGGAGGACACCAGAUAUCUGAUGCGGCGAAGUUGGACGUUCCCAGAGAAGAAAUACGUUUUCCAACUUUUAAUUAUUCCUCAACAACUUCGUUAUUCGAAAACGAGUCCUAUUCAGGGAGUGGAAGUGGAAUGAGUCCAGAAAUUUCAAACGAUACUUUUAUCGAAGUUAUGAGCGACCUAACUUUGGAACUUGCUGGAGACGAAAUGAUAAACUGGGAGGCAUCGUUGAUAUCUAAUAUUACAGACCAACUCCGAGGAUUGUUACAAGUCAAUGAAAAUAGGACUUUACAUGUGGCGGAUCAAAUACAAGGUUUAAAACAUUCACAUAGAUUGUCGAAAUCACAGUUGGAAGACCUUAAUGUGGUAUUGAAUCAGAUUCAAGACGCUCACGUAAACAAUUCAGAGUCGAUAGCUGAUUUGAAAAUUUAUAAUGAAAACUCUUUCCGCACCAUUUUAGGGUUGAUUAUGACCUCACAAUCGCUCCUACGGGACUUGGCGGUAGAAGCUCAUGUUCAAAAAUCUACUCUGAAUGAUUUGGAAAACGUCUUGGAAAGGAAAACGAAUUCAUUAGAAAAUACAAUCAACGUUUUGAACAAGGAAAAAAAUAUGACUACAUCUGCAAUUCUGUCAAUUCAAGAUCAUCUCGAUCAACUUCGAUCUCAGAUGAAUUCUCAAAAAAUAGAUUUUCAGAGUGAAAUAACUGACCUGACUGAUAAAAUAAACCAAUGUCUGACAAAAACUCAAGGAAACGCGAACGCAAACCACGUCAUGAAGUCUCAAAUACAAUCACUCAAAACAAGUGCAACAUCUCUUUCUUACAACCCAGCACAAUUGACUCAGUUAGAGUCACGUUUAACUUCAGCGAUACAAGGGGUUCGAGGAAAGGGUCAGAUGAUGGAAGCUAAACUGCAAUCACUGUCAAAAUCCGUGCACGAUAUAGAUCUAUUUCGAUUCGAUGCUAACGCGACAAUUACAAAUAUGAAACUAAAACUACAGAGAAAAGCAAAUCUCGGAUGGAUUCAAGCCCCAAACGGAUAUGAGUAUCAUGUGACAUUGAGCGAAUACACAAAAUGGGAAGAAGCAAAGGCGAAAUGUGUUUUUCUUAAAGGAAAGCUUGCUCACAUUGGCGUGAGAGACACAAAUAUGCACAACUUCAUCUUCACAAAUGUAGUGGAACCACGUGGACGAAGCGCAUGGAUUGGUCUAACAGAUAACCGGAGAGAAGGCUCCUGGGUAUGGCUUGAUGGGCACCCUUUACAAGACUCUGAAGCCUACUGGGCAGUAGGACAACCAAACAACAUUGUCAGAUACAACAAGGAUCAAGACUGUGCAGAAAUUGACAUUAAAGAUGGACAAUGGACCGACUUGUGGUGUUCGUCCCAAACAGAACCAAAUGCUGCCCUUUGUGAGAGAAAGUCAUAUUAAAAUACUACAUAUAUAUAUAUAUA